AUGUAUCUACCGCGGUCCCUGAUAUCGAAGCUCUACUCGCAUCUGCAAAACACUCGCCAUCCUCUCUCUCCGCCGGUAUUGAUCCUCGUCGCCCUCGAGCCGGACGCCCUCUGCGCAUGCCGAAUCCUCGCCCGCCUUCUCAAACAUGACUAUAUUCCGCACAAGAUCCAGCCCGUCGCGGGAUACAAUGACCUGGAAAAGGCUGGCAGGGAGCUGGUCGUCCCGAUGAUGGAGUCGCACGGCGGCAGCGGAGGCGUCGUUGUUUGCCUCGGCGUCGGAGGCAUGGUCGACCUUGGGCCGCUGCUGGGUCUGGAGCCCGAGGGCGAGGAAUCUCCCUACAGCGGCGUGGAAGUCUGGGUGCUCGAUGCGCAUCGGCCGUGGAAUCUGGCCAACGUUUUCGGCGGCUUCCCUCUCGAACCUGUCAACCAAGUAUCAAGCUCGUACAAGUCGAGGAGUCCAAUUGGAGUCUCAGGGGGGGCAAUCGAUCGGGCAUACAACUCGGGCAGGGGCGGAAUUGUGGUGUUCGACGAUGGCGACAUUGAAGGCGAUCUCACGACGGAACGCAAGGCAUAUCUUGCGCUUCUGGACAUGCCAGACAUUGAGGGUCAAGACGACGACGACGACAAUAACUCUAGUGAGGAUGACGAUGACGAGGAUGACGGUGAUUUUGGCAAUGAAUCUGCUCAUGCGGGGCAAAAGAGGAAGAGCUUGAAUGAAGAUGAUUCCAGCGACGACGAUGAGUCGCGGCCUCGCCAGCGGCGAAGAAGCAAUUCCUCGAGUUCGAUAGUCGGAUCUCCUACCCGACCGGAGCCCAGGGGUCUGCUGUCUAUCCGAGAUCCUGGUCCUAUACUGUCAAGCGAUCCCGUCGAACCCCCAUCAGGCGCCCAACCCUUGCCCGCCGCUUCAGCCCGUGCUUUGAGAAAACGACUACUACGAAUGCGACGAGAAAAUGAGACCGUCUUACACCAAUACUACAAGAUGGGCUCGUCUUUUGCCGAGCCCAUCUCAUCAAUGAUGUACUCUUUAGCCUCCGAACUAGGUCGCGAUGACAAUGACCUUCUUUGGUUGGCAAUAGUGGGCGUUACAUCCAUGGAGCUAUAUGGAAGGUCGUCAGCAGGGGUUGCUGCACCUGUUCGGUCUGGAGGUUCUGGGAAGCCAUCAGGGUGGUUUGGUGUACGAGGUGCUCGUCUACGGCAACUCUUGCGAGAUGAGGUUCGGAGACUGAAUCCACCGGAAGUCGCAAACGGAAAGACAGUCCCUGAAAACAAUGGCGUCAUACCAACCACGGCGAGGAAUCCUGAAGACACAGGGAUCCGUCUCUCGCCCGAGCCAAAGUUUCUCCUGAUUCGACAUUGGAGCCUCUACGAUAGCAUGCUACACUCACCAUACCUAUUCUCUAGGCUAAAAACUUGGAGUGAACCGGGCAUCAAACGACUGCACAAGCUUCUCGCCAAGAUGGGGGUCAGCUUGGCGCAAUGCAAGCAGAAUUACACUCACAUGGAUAUGUUACUAAAGCGUGAGCUCAGAGCGAAACUGUUAAAAUACGGGUCUCUCUACAACCUCGACGAGAUGGUUCCCUCGGUCGACACUGAUGGUAAAGAUCGAGCGGGAGCCAAGGAUGGAUGGGGCUUUGUCCGAAGUUGGGGCUGGCGCGCGACUCUCAGUGCUCAGGACGUCGGUGUCGUGAUUGGUGCACUAUUGGAAGUGGGCAGACACGCUCAAUCUCUAGAAGCGAUAAAUCCAGGGCCAAGCCAGAUGACGCGGGAGAUGGAGGACGAGUUGGAACUGGCUGCCCAAGGCGAUGAGUGGAUUACUCGGUUUUGGGAAGCUUAUGACGCGUUGGAAAACAUCGACGCGCUGAAAGCUGGACUACCGACCGCACAAUUCCUACACCGUGCAAUCUACCGAACGGGGACAUCACUCAUCAACAAGAAGCAAAUCAAGCACCUUCGGGCUUUCCGUAUGUGUGUUGUCAAGGAUGGCCCGGACGUAGCUCUCUUUACCCACCCAGCGGCGUUGACAAAACUGGCUCUCUGGAUCGGAGAAGCAUUAGCCGAGCAAGAAAAAGAAUCACACGGAAAGCUAUCUCACGGUGGCCGUGGAACACCCCUGGUGGUAGCAAGCUUGAACGAGAAGCGCGGAGUUUACGUUGUCGUCGGCACAGGUGGCGGUGGUGGGCCAGAUGCCGUCUUCAUGAAUAAAGCGACCAAGCAGGAGAGACAGGCAAACAAGGACGCCAAGACCAAGAAGAAAGAAGAGGCUCGACAAGCGAAAGAAAAGAUUAAACAGGACAAGCGCGCCGCUCGACGGGCUGCCGCUAAUGACGAUGACGGCGACGAUGACGAGCUGGAGACGGAGUCUGAAGGGUCAGAAUCAUCGGAAUCAGAAGAUGAUUCGGAUGAUGAUGAUGCGGAGAAUGACCGGAGCUAUGGCCUGAACAAGUUUGGAAAUGCAUUCCAAGAAGUCGUCUCCGAGACGAGUGCGCGCGUGAGAAUCGACAGCUUUGAGCAUUCUGUUGUGGAAGUCAAGAAGGAGGACUUGGGGGGCUUUCUUGAGAGUCUGAGCAUGAAGGCUGUAGUUGGUUGA